GGAGCUGCCGGGCGCGGAGAGGUGUCAUUCGGGAGGAAGGCGCCGAAGAAGAGAGAUGGUUCCUUUGCCGUCGGCUCCUCCGAGGCUGUUGCUUCUGCCCAGUCCCGCCAUGGCGAUGGGGAGGCCCACAACCGAGGCCUUGCCUUCGCCGGCGUCGCCUUCGCAGCAGCCGCAGCAGCCGAGGAAGAGGCAGCGCCUCGCACACCUCAGCCCCGAAGAGAAGGCCUUGCGCAGGAAGCUGAAGAACCGAGUGGCAGCCCAAAGCGCCCGUGACCGCAAGAAGGCCCGGAUGGGAGAGCUGGAGCGGCAAGCAAUCGAGCUGGAGGCACAAAACCAGCGCCUGUCAGAGGAGAACCGCCGGCUGAGGGAAGAAGCUCAGGGAUUGGCCUCCGAGAACCAGGAGCUCCGCCUCCGCUUGGCGGGGCUCCACCCAUCAGAAGCAGGAGGGGGCGGGGCCAUAAUCGUGUCUACGAAGGAGGAAGAUGGAGGAGGUGCAUUAACCCCGGCUGGGCCGGCUAAGUCCGCAGCACUUGGCUCAAGUGUUCCUCUGCAGAAGGGACAGGCACAGCACCGGGGGACACUCAACUCCGUGGAGGACACUCCACUUCUCUUCCUCCUCCCAUGGAUACAACUAUGGGUACUUCAGGCGCUGAGCCUGGUGUGCUUGUGGGCCUGCUGGAGGGCCUGGACCCGGCGCUCUUCCUGCUGGAGGAAGGAGAACAGGAAGAGGAAGUCCUCCAUUGUCGGCCAUAUUGCACCGACUCCAUUCCCGUACGGGGCCCCCCUUUUCCUGCGUUGGGGCCCCCAGAACGUGGCCUGGAGGCCCCUGAUGGACCCGCCAUCCGCGCCGACCACCCGUACACCAAACCCCUCCCCUUCGAAGUCGAGAUGAUGAUGAAACAGGAAGAGGCAGAGCUCCUGCUUCCCUCGCCUCUCUCGUUCUUAGAGGCUGAGGUCGAGGAGAUGAUGAAACAGGAAGAGGCAGAGCUCCCUUUGCUCCCGCCUCCCUCGCCCUCCACUUCCUGUUUCCUGGAACCGUCAGGAAGUGGCGAUGACUCCGACUUUGAGGGCAACUCCCCCUUCACAGACUUCGCUGCCGCCUGGGAGCUCUUCCCUCAGCUUGUCACCGUCUGAAGGAGGACUCAAAAUGACCACCCUACUCUCCCCUAAGGGAAAGGGAUUCCAAAAUGGCCGCCUUUCCCCAGUAGAAAUGAGAGGCCUUUCUCCGUUAUUAUUAUUCCUCCAUUGUUUUCUCUCAGAGAAGGGAUUUCAAAUUGGCUUCCCUUCCCCAUCAUUUUGGCCACAGAGAAAGGGAUCCAAAAUGGCUGCCUUCCCCAAUAGAAAAGAUGAGGCCUCUCUCCAUUGUUUUCCUUCAGAAAAGGGAUUCCAAAAUGGCCACUUUUCUCUGUUUUCCCCUGAAAGGAUUCCAAAAUGGCAGCCUUUCCCCACUAGAAAAGAGUGAGGCCUACAUCAUAUUAGAAGCCUUUCCCUAUUGUUUUCCCUCAGGAAAGGGAUCCAAAAUGGCCACCAUUCCCCAGUAGAAAAGAGCGAGGGCUACAUCAUGAGCAGCUAUUACUAUUCCACUCUUUUCCCCUCAGAGAAGGGAUUUAAACAGGCCUCUGUUCCCAACAGAAAAGAGUGAGGCCUCUCUCCAUUAUUAAGAGAAGACUCCAUUAUUGUACCAUUGGAAAGGGACUCCAAAAUGGCCAGUCUUCGUCUUUUUGACCUCAGAAAAGAUGUAAAAUGGCCACCAUUCCGUAAUAGGAAAGAGAACAAGGCCUAGAUCAUGAGAGAAGCCUUUCUCCACGAUUUCUGUAUUGUUUCCGCUCAUAAGAAUCCAAAAUGGCUGCCGUCCCCAAUAGACAGAGUUGAGCCUAUAUAGAUAACUUUCUCUAUUACAUUCAGAGAAGGGAUUCAAAAUGGCCACCAUUCUCUAUUCAGUAGCUGGAAAGGGGAGUGGCCUCAAAGCAGGAGGUGGGGCUUAAUGGUUGAAAAAAGCCUAAAAGGAAAGGGGUGUGGCUUCAAUUUUCCUCUUUCUUCCCCAGUAUUUUGUUCCUAAUUUGCCAACUUAAAAGUGAGAAAUGUAAAUAAUGAUACUGUAAUUAUUAGAAUUACAGUAACAACCAUGGGGUUUCUAGGAAUUUUAAUUAAAAUGGCAAUGGUUGUAAAGAUUUGAAAUCCUAUAUAUAUAUUUGCUUUUUGGGUAUAAAUCAACGCCGUUAAUAAAUUGUGAUGCAAAAUCCA